GACUUGAGGACAGAGGUAGUGUUCAAGCGUUCUGUCGAAAGUCCACCAGAGGAGGAGGAGAGCGCAGUGAACAGUUCUGCACCUGACUUAAAGCUUUAUUUUAGUCUUGCACGGUUUUAACACUGAAUCUGCCGCCAUGCCGAUGUUCGUGGUGAACACAAACGUGUCGAAAGAUGCGGUUCCUGCAGGUCUGCUGUCUCAGCUCACUGAGGAGCUCGCCAAGGCAACGGGGAAACCCGCCAACUACAUCGCCGUGCACAUCAUCCCAGAUCAGAUGAUGAUGUUUGGGGGCAAAUCGGAUCCCUGUGCUCUCUGCUCACUCCACAGCAUCGGAAAGAUUGGAGGAUCACUGAACAAGCAGUAUUCCAAGCUGCUGAUGGGCACCCUCAACAAACACCUUGGCAUUUCUCCAGACAGGAUCUACAUAAACUUUUUUGACAUGGAGGCGGCGAAUGUUGCAUGGAACAACUCCACCUUUGGCUAAAGGGAAUGGAUUUUUUCCAUCUAUUGCUCAAGCACUCAUUCCUUCAGCUGCAGAACUAAUAGGCAGUAGAGCACUAAACAAUGGUUCUCGUCUUACACAGCACUUAAUGUAGAUUUGCUUUAAAACUUGUUUCAUAGUGGCUAUAAGCAGAUAUGAGCAUUUUCCUGAAGAUUUACAUACUGGCAGUGGAUGCGAUGUAAAUCUCUUGUUUGGAUGGCAUGAGGUUCAUAUUUGCAAAAUGUGUAUAAUAAUAGAGACUGUGCUGCUUUACAGAGUUUUUGCCAUAUUCUUGAAAAAUGAUAUACCAAAAGUCUAUGACUUGCAGCAAAUAUGGAUAAAACUUGCACCUUUUAGACUGUAGACCAGAAGGAUAUCGGAAACAUUUGAGGUGGAUUUUGUGCAGCCAGUUAAGUCACAGCAGGAAAAUGCAGGAUGCUGUUUGUAUUCGCUAUGCUAUAUGUUACAUGCAACAAAUUGUACGUGCUUUGAUAAGGCAAUAAAACAUUUUGGUCUUA